AUUCAAUUUCAAGGAAAGACCAAAAUGAAAGGACAACAACAAUGGAAAAAUAUUGCUUUAGUUUGUGUUUUUGUGAUGUUAAUUUCUAAGACGUAUUCGUUGCCGCUUUCAACCAAUGGAAGAUGGAUCGUCGAUGCCACAACAGGCCAACGUGUGAAGUUAAUGUGUGUAAAUUGGCCAGGACACAUGCAGGGUAUGUUGGCAGAGGGUCUUCAUCUUAGGCCACUUAAUGAUAUUGCCGCAUUGGUAGCGAAGUUGCGGUUCAAUUGCGUGCGUUUGACAUAUUCAAUUCAUAUGUUCACACGCCAUGCUAAUUUGACUGUUCAACAAUCCUUUGAGAAUUUUGAUUUGAAGAAUACCAUCGCAGGAAUAGCGCAAAACAAUCCUUCUAUAUUGAACAUGACACUUGUUCAGGCGUAUGGAGCAGUGGUUGAUUCACUUGCUGCACAUAGGAUCAUGGUAGUUUCUGAUAAUCAUAUAAGUCAACCAAGAUGGUGUUGUGACAAUAAUGAUGGCAACGGCUUCUUUGGAGAUCGAUAUUUUGAUCCUCAAGAAUGGUUGCAAGGAAUUAGUUUGGCAGCACAGAGCCUAAAAAGCAAAUCACAAGUGGUGGCAAUGAGCUUGAGAAACGAACUGCGAGGACCAAACCAAAACGUGGAGAAGUGGUUUCAAUAUAUGAGCCAAGGAGCCAAGCUUAUUCACCAAAUUAACCCAAACGCUUUAGUAGUAGUUUCUGGAUUGAGCUAUGACACCGAUCUUAGCUUCUUGAAGAAUAGGUCAAUGGGAUUCAACUUGGACAAUAAACUUGUAUUUGAAGCUCAUUUGUACUCCUUCACAAACAACAUGGGUGAUUUUUGGAUGUCGAAGCCAUUAAACACGUUUUGUGCUAGUGUCAACCAAGGAUUUGAAGAUCGAGCAGGGUUUCUUGUGAGAGGACAAAGCCCAAUACCACUAUUUGUUAGCGAAUUUGGGAUUGACCAAACAGGCGUAAAUGAGGGUCAAAAACGAUUCUUGAACUGCUUUUUUACCUAUCUUACUGAGAAUGAUUUUGAUUGGGGAUUAUGGGCAUUGCAAGGUAGCUACUAUUAUAGAGAAGGUGUGAAAAAUGCAGAAGAAACUUUUGGUGUCUUGGAUUCCACUUUUGCAAAAGCAAAAAACUCUAAAUUAUUCCUCCAGAAGUUUCAACUUAUGCAAUCAAAACUUCAAGAUCCAAGUUCAAAUCUCACAACAUCAUUCAUAAUGUACCAUCCUCUUAGCGGUGGGUGUGUGCGAAUGAACAAAAAAUACCAAUUAGGAAUCAGUAGCUGUAAGACUUCUAACCGUUGGAGUCACGAACAAGACGGUGCUCCUAUUAAGUUGGCAGGAUCUAUACUGUGUUUGAAAGCCAUAGGAGUUGGGCUCCCUCCGAUUCUCUCUCAAGACUGCUCAAGCCAACAAAGUAUUUGGAAAUAUGGUUCAAAUGCCAAAUUGCAACUGGCCACUGUUGAUGAACAAGGACAAGCCUUAUGCUUGCAAAGAGCUUCUCAUUCCCAUCAAAUUGUGACGAAUAAGUGUUUGUGUUCUAAUGAUUCUCAAUGCCAAGAAGAUCCACAAAGCCAAUGGUUUACACUUGUCCCAUCAAAUCUACGUCGCAUUAAUUGAGCUCGAUAUGUAAUUAUAUGUAUAUUUUGUUAUUUGAACCUCAUUUAUUUCCACUCAUGCAAAUUAUUAUUCAAAUAUUUUUUAGGGAAAUAAACAUAUCCCAAUUGUUCUCAAUAAUGUCAAGGAAAUCCCACAACUAAAAUUUGAGGAGUAAAAUAAGUGUUAUUACAAUUUUUUUUCCUUGAGAA